UGAUAUGUCGUCCUCUUAUUGUCUCUGCUGUAAUAAAUUUUCUGAUAUUUCAAUCUGAAACUUAGUCGGAUUCUUUAUGUUACUACUAUUGGAUGUUGAGCUUGCAUCAUUAAAAUAGCCUGACCAAUCGAUAUCAACGAUGGUUUAAAUCUUGUCUGGGAACAAUGGUUCUAAAUCAUGUCUGGAAACUUUGUUGAGAAUUGAGAUGUUCAUCUUUGUUAAAAGCAGUGUACCUUUUGCUUAGAUUAAUUUACAUUUCAUCCAUACGUGACUCACUUCUUUUGCCACUUGUUCGCGCACGUUGAGAGACUUUCUACAUCACUUUGCCUGCUUUUAAGAUCUUUACUGGCUUUUUCAUACCGCUCAUUUCUUUAUCACAUAAUAAUUUUAUGGAUUUUUUGCAUGCUUUUCUAAAUUUUUCUCAACCCAUUUUAAAAUUUGCUUACAAAUGAAAACUAAUGUAUCUGUAAGUCUCUUUAUGGAUUAUAUGGAUUUUGGAGUGGUUCGAAAUGUGUUGGAACAAUGUAGUCUGGCCGACAACAAGGAUGGAGAUCAAAAGUGUGGGUUUCAGCAGCAAUUUGGCACUGAAGCACUCCAUCACAGAGUGGAAGGACAGGAGCGAGGCGACGAGGAUAAGGAUCGCAAGAAGCGCUUUGUCACUAGCCAAUUCAGAGGACAUGUUGCUAGAUGCAAUCAAGGAGCUGCAAGUGCUGAGCCAACUGAGAAGGUGCAACAGGGAGCACAUGCACAAUGCCGGAAUUAAGUUACUCAUUUUCUUCUGCACGAAUGUGCGGUGAGAGGUGAUGCAGCUUCUGCGCUUGCUGGUGGAGGAUGAAGCCGGGGAGGUCAUUGUUGCAAACACAAGAAUAAAGCCCUCACAAGGACAAUCAAGAUGAUAUCCAGCUACAACUCCUAAGAGAGGCAUGCAGCUGUUUCAUUCCUGCUAGUGCUCUCCAAAUCCGAAAUGUUCUUGGACAGGAUAGGGGGAACCCCGGCGGCAUCUUGAUCCUCAUCUCCAUGAAGUACAACAAGGAAGCCGAUCCUUUCUCCGCGGCCAAAGCAGAAGAAACUCUCAAGAACUUGGAGAAGUCGCCGAUAAACAUCAGAUGCAUGGCAGAGAAUGGCUUCAUGGAACCGCUUUUGAACCACCUCAUCGAUGCAGGUUCGGAAGAGGUGCGGAUGGAGAUGGUGAGCUACCUCGGAGGAAUUGUUCUUGAGGAUGAGAUGAAGACUUAUGUUGCAGAGAGAGCCUCCACCACCCUGAUUCAAAUGAUCAGAAGGGAAGCACUCAGAGCUCUGGUGCAGAUCUCAGCUCACCCUCCCAACUGCAACAUUCUGAUGGCCGCAGGCAUCAUGCAGACUGUGGUCGAAGAGAUUCUUCCGCGCAGAAUCAACAGCGAGCCGCUGGAUUCUCCCAAGGAGGCCACCACGAUCCUCGCCAACAUACUCGAAUCUGACGAAGAAGGUUCGUCGGAGAUGAAAGUGAGCGAGACCGGGCACACCAUCGUCUCGCAUUACUUCAUAUACAGCAUCGCCCAAUUGAUUAAGAGCUCCAUACCGGAAGAAGCGAGUGCGAACCUUGUAAGGAUCUUGCUUUCCCUGGCCAAGCUGCCAUACGCGAUGGCCACUGUAGUUUCGGUGGUCAUGGAGAUCGGCGUGAUGCAAACCUUCGUUGAAUUCCUCAACUCUGAGCUGGAGGCGCUUGCCGUGGUCGCUGCAAAGCUGCUCAUCGCACUGUCUGCAAGAUGAUCGGCCAACCGGAGGGCCUGAUCGUGGGCUACUGUCCUGGUCUCUGUUUUCCACAGAGGGGACGGCAACGGCAAUGGCAAGAAAAUGGCCGAGAUUUACAUACAAGAGGAUCUGUGCUCUAUAAGUAGACGGGAUCCAAAAUUGUGGACUAGAGGAUUCGUGUUUUUAGGUAGACGAGAUCUUUUGUCCAUAAAUUAUAUAUUAGAGGAUGGUCCACUCAUCUAUUUAAGUGAUGGAAUCCAUUAAAAUAAAUUAAUCUAUAAAAUAGAUUAUCCUUUAUUUUAUAAAUUAC